AUGAGCUUAUUGACGGGAUCUUUGAGAUGCUUAGUGACAGUUGCAUUUAUAGCGGAACACAGUUGUACAACUAAUGGUUUGCGGCAGAGUCUCUUUAAUCCCAUAAAUUUUAACAUAAAAACUAUGCAACCGAUUCUUAUAGUCCACGGUGGAGCUGGAGAUAUUCCCCAAAGUCGAGUUGCGGGAAAAUUGAACGGUGUUAAAGAUGCCGUCAGGGCUGGAUAUACGAUUUUGCAAAAUGGCGGUAGCGCUUUGGAUGCGGCAGAAGCAGCAGUCGCAUCUAUGGAGUUAGAUGAGAACUUUAACGCUGGUUAUGGAUCAGUUCUCAAUCUUCGAGGAGAAGUAGAAAUGGAAGCAAGUAUAAUGCGUGGUUCAGAUCUAAAUGUUGGUGGAGUUACUUUGGUUAAGGAGUUUCUACAUCCAAUAAAGAUAGCACACAAAGUUCUAACGGAUUCUCCGCAUUCUCUUUUGGGCGGCGAAGGAGCAAAAUUAUUUGCGUUAGAGAAGGGUUUUCAACCCAUUCCAUCAGAAUCACUUAUCACCGAGCACGCAAAAGAAGCAUUGGAAAACUUUUUGAAACACGGUGAUCAUGGCAGAACUGAGAUAGGUUCCCCCGACAAGGGUGGUGUGGGCACAGUAGGUGCAGUGGCAGUAGAUGCCAAAGGACACGUAGCCGCAGCAACUAGCACCGGUGGUAUGAGUGGUAAGGCAGUCGGCAGAAUCGGCGAUACUCCACAAAUUGGUAGUGGCACUUACGCUGAUGACAAUUUAGGUGGUGUUUCCACAACAGGUCAUGGCGAGUCCAUACUAAAGUAUUGCUUGGCUCACAGCAUUGUAAAACUCAUGGAAAGUGGGUUAGACGCACAAACAGCUACAACGAAAGCAGUAAAUGGUAUGACUUCUAAACUAAAAAACACGGCUGGUGCAAUAACGCUAUCCAAAGAUGGGAAUGUCGGAGUGCACUUUAGUUCGAAACGAAUGGCGUGGGCAUACGUAAAGGCCAAUUUAAUAUUUUAUGGCAUCGAACAAAGUGAAAUUUUAGAAGAGGCAUAUAAAGCAAAGUAA